AUGAUUACUCACCGCCUUUCUUUUUUUUUUUGUGGGUGGAGUUUUUUAUCUAUCGUUCUGUCGUUUUUUUUUUCUGUUUUUCUAUUUUCAUUCUUCCGUUCUUUCUUUCUUUCUUUCUUUCUUUUCUGUCUUUCUUUCUUUCUCCCUUUCUUUCUUGCUUUCAGUCUGUCUCUAUCUUUUUUGUUUCUGCUUUUCUUUAUUUCUGUGCAAUUUUCUUUCUUUCAUCUUUCUUUUUCUUUUGCUUUUCUUUCGGGGUUUCUCUUGCUCUCUGCAUUUCUUUCGGCCCUUCUUUCUCUCUUUCUUUCUUUAUUUCUAUUUUUUCUUUCUAUUUUUCUUAGUUUUUCUUUCUUUCAUUAUAUCUUUCUUUCUUUUUUUUAUUUCUAUCUUUCUUUCUGGCUGUCUAUUUUUCCCCCCAUCUGCUCUGCUUUUAUUUAUUUAUUCCUGUCUGCCUUCUUUCUUUCUUUCUUUUUUCUUUCUUUCUUUCUUUCUUUCUUUCUUUCUUUCUGCCUGCCUGCCUGUCUUUCUUUCUUUCAUUCUGCCUGCCUGCCCGACCGCCUGUCUUUCUUUCUUUCUUUCUUUCUUUCUUUCUUUCUUUCUUUCUUUCUUUCUUUCUUUCUUUCUAUCUGCCCGCCUGUCUUUCUUUCUUUCUUUCUUUCUUUCUUUCUUUCUUUCUUUCUUUCUGCCUGCCUGCCUGCCUGCCUGUCUUUUUUCUUUCUUUCUGCCUGCCCGCCUGUCUUUCUUUCUUUCUUUCUUUCUUUCUUUCUUUCUUUCUUUCUUUUUCUGCCUGCCUGCCUGCCUGCCUCUCUUUCUUUCUUUCAUUCUGCCUGCCUGCCCGACCGCCUGUCUUUCUUUCUUUCUUUCUUUCUUUCUUUCUUUCUUUCUUUCUUUCUUUCUUUCUUUCUAUCUAUCUGCCCGCCUGUCUUUCUUUCUUUCUUUCUUUCUUUCUUUCUUUUCUUUCUUUCUUUCUUUCUGCCUGCCUGCCGUGGCCUUUCUUUCUUUCUUUUCUUUCUUUCUUUUCUUUCUUUCUGCCUGCCUGCCCGCCUUUCUUUCGGUUUUGUUUUUCUUUAUUUCUAUCUAUCCUUCUGUCUUUCUUUCUGUUUGUCUAUUUCCCCUCUAUCUUCCUUUCUUUCGUUCGGCUUUUCCUUCUUUUUUCUUUUCUUUUCUUUUCUUUUCUUUCUUUCUUUCUUUCUUUCUUUCUUUCUUUCUUUCUGUCUUUUACAUUCUGCUUUCCCCUCUUUCUUUUUUCUUAUGCUCUUUCUUUCCUUCUCUCGUUCUUUCUUUAUUCUCUUUCCAUUCUUCCGUAAUGCUGUGCUCUCUCUCUCUCUCUCUCUCUCUCUCUCUCUCUCUCUCUCUCUCUCUCUCUCUCUCUCUGGUCGACUGCUUGUCAACUCACUUCACCCAUCGCCCUUCAUGAUAAUAACCAUUCUUCUUCUUCUUCUUCUUCUUCUUCAUUUCUUCUUCUUCUUCUUCUUCUUCUUCUUCUUCUUCCUCUUCUUCUUCUUCUUCUCGCUAGUCUUCUCUCUAUUCUUCUUUCUUCUUCUCUCUAUUCUUCAUCUUCACUUUCUUCUUCCUCUCCUCCUUCUGCUUUCUCUAUUUUUUUCUUCUUCUUCUUCUUCUUCAUCUUCACUUUCUUCUUCCUCUCCUCCUUCUGCUUUCUCUAUUUUUUUCUUCUUCUUCUUCUUCUUCUUCUUCUUCUUCUUCUUCUUCUUCUUCUUCUUCUUCUUCUUCUUCUUCUUCUUCUCGCUAGUCUUCUCUUUUUUCUUCUUUCUUCUUCUUUCUAUUCUUCAUCUUCACUUUCUCCUUCCACUCCCCCUUCUGCUUUCUCUCUUCUUCUCCUUCUUCUUCUUUUACUACUACUACUACUUCUACUACUACUUUCUCUCUAUAGUCUUCUCUCUAUUCUUCUUUCUUCUCUCUAUUCAUCUCUUUCUUCUUUUCCUCCUCCUCCUUCUGCUUUCUCUCUCUGUUCGUCUUCUUCCACUCUCUAUUCGUCCUCUUCCUCCUCCGCCUCCUCCUCUUCUUCUUCUUCUUCUUCACCCUCUAUUCUUAUUCCUCUCUCUGUUCUUCUUCUUCUUCCUCUCUCUCUCUCUCUCUUUCUAUGUUCUUGUCUAUACUUCUCUCUGUUGUUCUUCUCUCUUUUCACUCUCUUUAUUCGUCAUCUCUCUAUUAUUAUUAUUCUUCCUCCCCUUCCUCUUCUUCUUUUACUACUACUACUUUCCUCUCUUCUUUUUCCACUAA